GACAACGAUGACACCCAAAUUCCAAUCCACCAAGAUAGUAUUACUCUCUCUCUCUCUCUCUCGCAGUGAGAAAGAAGAAACAGGUUGGACUCUGGAAAACCCAAACCAUGGCUCUUCAAUUUCUCUUCCUCUGUUUCACCCUCUCCUUCCUCUCCCAAAUUCAUUUCUCAAUUUCCCAGAAAACCAUCAAUUUUACUUCCUUCAAUGCCUCAAACUCCCCAUGGUUUCCAAACCAGAAUCGCAUCCUUCUCUCUCCGAAUUCCAAUUUCUCGGCUGGCUUCUUCCGCAUUUCCUCAGAUAAUUACACCUUCUCCGUUUGGUUCACCAACAUCCCGCGUGACCCCGUCGUAUGGUCUGCGAAACUCGGUUCACCGGUCACCGGCUCCGCUUCCCUCGUUAUCAACUCCAAAGGCGAGCUUCUUCUCAAUAAUACCCCCUUGGUAAACGCUUCGUCUACUUCCAAUUCCACAUCGCCCGUUCUUAGUCUCAGUGACCAUGGCAGCUUGAGUUUUGGAGAUUGGAAUAGCUUCGCUAACCCAACGAACACCAUUCUCCCGAACCAAAGUAUCACAGGAAUCGUGCUUCGUUCCGAAAAUGGGCUCUUCAGCUUCGUCAAUUCCACGAAUCUGACUCUCCAUUCCUCCUCUGCUAGUUACUAUACCACCCCAAGCCCGUUGGUGAGUAUGGACGCUCUCGGCAAGAUGACUAUGCAGAGUAACGCUUUUCUUACUAGCGAUUACGGCGAUAAUCGUGCCCGGAAAAUGGUUCUCGGCAAUGAUGGGAAUCUCAAAAUCUACAGUUUCUACCCCGAGCAAGAAAACCGAUGGGUUGAGGUUUGGUUGGCGAUUUGGGAACCGUGUAAAAUCAAAGGCAAAUGCGGUCCUUAUGCUAUAUGCUUGCCUUCAACUGGUAUAAAUGAUUCGACUUCAUGUGUUUGCCCGCCUGGGUUCACGCAAAAUCCAGGAUGGCCGGAUAAAGGUUGUGCAAGGAAAACCAAACUUACCAAUAACAUCAAAUUUCUGAAGCUGGAUUAUGUGAACUACACUAACCCCAAUAUGCGCAGUAUUUCUGCCAGAAAUUUCACUCUUUGUGAAUCUAAAUGCAGUGCAGACUCACAAUGUCUUGGGUUUGGCUACAAAUAUGAUGGAUCUGGUUUUUGUUCUUUAGUACUAGGUGAACUCCAAUAUGGUUAUUGGUCUCCGGGUACUGAGGCCUCACUGUUUCUUAAGGUAGACAAAUCCGAAUCCGACGCCUCCAAUUUCAGUGGGAUGACAGAAGUUUUGCAGACAUCGUGCCCUGUUCGAAUCAGCCUCCCACUGCCCCCUAAAGAUUCGAAUUCCACGACUCGAAACAUUGCCAUAAUCUGCACUCUUUUCGCUGCUGAGCUCAUAUCCGGCGUCGCUUUCUUCUGGUCUUUCCUCAAGAGGUACAUCAAGUACAGAGACAUGGCUACCACUCUCGGACUCGAGUUCCUUCCUGCUGGUGGCCCAAAACGAUUCUCGUAUGCCGAGCUCAAAACUGCCACCAAGGACUUCUCCAACCUGAUCGGAAGAGGUGGGUUCGGCGAUGUUUACAAAGGCGAGCUACCGGACCAUCGUGUCGUCGCCGUCAAGUGCCUCAAGAAUGUCUCAGGCGGCGACGCCGAGUUCUGGGCGGAGGUCACCAUCAUUGCCAGAAUGCACCACCUCAACUUGGUCCGCUUGUGGGGCUUUUGUGCCGAGAAAGGUCAACGAAUCUUGGUGUACGAGUACGUCCCAGGCGGGUCACUGGACAAAUAUCUAUUUCGUCGUCCUCGGGCCGGGUCUAAGAACGGGGAACUAUCUCCGGAUCCGGAUCCAAAGCAUGACCCGAAGACGGAACAAAAACCCAUCCUUGACUGGAAUGUCCGGUAUAGGAUUGCGCUGGGCGUGGCAAGAUCCAUAGCAUACUUACACGAGGAGUGUUUGGAAUGGGUCUUGCAUUGUGAUAUCAAGCCCGAGAACAUCUUACUGGGCGACGAUUUCUGUCCAAAGAUCUCAGAUUUCGGAUUAGCUAAGCUGAGAAAGAAAGAGGAUAUGGUAACCAUGUCUCGGAGGAGAGGGACGCCGGGUUACAUGGCUCCGGAAUGGAUAACGACGGACCCAAUCACCUCCAAGGCUGACGUGUACAGCUUUGGGAUGGUGUUGCUGGAGCUGGUGAGUGGGGUCAGGAACUUUGAGAUUCAAGGAUCGUUGUUGAACAGUGAUGAAUGGUAUUUUCCUGGGUGGGCUUUUGAGAAGAUGUUCAAGGAGCUGAGGCCCGAAGACAUUCUGGACCGUGAGAUCAAGCAGUUAUAUGACAGCAGGGCCCAUUUUGAUAUGAUCAAUAGGAUGGUGAAGACUGCAAUGUGGUGCCUUCAAGAUAGGCCCGAGAUGAGGCCCACCAUGGGGAAAGUGGCUAAGAUGUUGGAAGGCACGGUGGAGAUUUCUGAGCCCAAGAAGCCCACUAUCUUUUUCCUCGGAGAUGAAUAGCCCAGCCCAUCUAUUUGUGGCCGACAAGUUGUCGUUCCCUUUUCCUCUUGUCUUCUGUAGAAUAAAAUUCAGGCGUCAUGCUACUCGCCUACACUGUUGUCAGAUUCACGUCUUUUGUAAAAUGUAUUGGCGAGGAGAUAGGUCCACAAAUUAAAUGUUUUUAAUCUGAUCAAAUAGCCUGCUCAAAAAGUUGAUGUAUAGUUCGUCUAUGACUUAGUAAGUUAUCAUUCUAUGAAUUGUUGCUCUUGCUCUGCAUGUGUGUAUUGGAUUUGCUCGGGCAGCGACCGAGAUGUUGUCAUUACCACGUGAGAUUCUUUUCUUGUC